AUGAGUUCUACAACAAAAAAAGAUGCAAUUAGACGUAAAUUAGUUAUAGUUGGAGAUGGUGGUUGUGGCAAAACUUCUUUACUGUCUGUUUUCACAUUAGGUAGAUUUCCACAGACGUGA